CUACCUAGCUCAGUGCAUAUAUUUAAACACCAUAGCUACCACACUAACAGUACCAGAGAAAAACUAAAAUUAAUCAUCAAUAUCCAUGGAAGGAAGAAACUUCCUUAGAUAUCUUUUCUUUCUCAUGAGCAUAAUUUUGCUCUUAAUUUUCACUUUUUUAAACUUACCAUCACCUCUUUCUCACACAGCUGAGUUAUUAGACUGCACCACUUAUUCUCCAUGGUGCACUUCAAAUAAAAAGCUUUUUUUCCAAGGCAAAAAACACUACACCAAUUUCCCAAAUCACCCUUUAGAUCCAUUAACAAUCGACGAAAUUAAAAAAGUGAAAAAAAUCGUUAAUUCGAUAGACCAAUUUAAUAAAAAAGUUUAUGUUAUUCACUCUAUGGUACUUGAAGAGCCGGCAAAAGAGGUGGUGGUGACGUGGCGGAAAGGUCACCAGCUUCCGCCACGUAAGGCUUCGGUGGUUGCACGUGCACUCGGUGUUGUGCACGUGCUUACGGUUGAUAUUGAGACGGGUCGGGUGACCCGACGUGAAACGGGUGAUUAUUCGGGUUACCCGAUUAUGACUAUUGAGGAUAUGGUUACGGCAACUUCUGCCCCGCUUAUGAACGCUGAUUUUAACCGUACGAUUGUACAGCGUGGCGUUGAUUUGGCUGAUCUUGCAUGUUUGCCCAUCGCUUCUGGUUGGUAUGGGAAAGUUGAGGAGAAAAGAAGAGUCAUCAAAGUACAGUGCUAUACAAUGGAGGACACUAUUAAUUUCUACAUGAGACCCAUUGAAGGACUAACAGUACUUCUUGAUUUAGACACCCAACAAGUUAUAGAAAUUUUAGAUGAAGGAAAAAACAUACCAAUAGCAAAGGCCGCCAACACAGACUAUCGCUUCUCAAGUAAUCAAAAACACACACAAAAAAUAAACUUACUCAAACCAAUAUCUAUAGAACAACCAAAUGGUCCAAGUUUCACUAUAGAAAACAACCAUAUAGUAAAAUGGGCAAAUUGGGAAUUUCACCUCAAACCCGACCCGAGAGCUGGGGUGGUUAUUUCCCGGGUCAUGAUCCAAGAUCCGGAUUCGGGGAAAAUGAGAAAUGUUAUGUAUAAAGGUUUUACGUCAGAGUUAUUUGUGCCUUAUAUGGAUCCAUCUGAUGCAUGGUAUUUUAAGACGUAUAUGGAUGCGGGUGAAUACGGGUUUGGGCUUCAAGCUAUGCCACUUGAACCGUUAAAUGAUUGUCCACGUAAUGCAUAUUAUAUGGAUGGUGUAUUUGUGGCAGCUGAUGGAACCCCAUAUGUUCGAGAAAAUAUGAUUUGUGUAUUUGAGAGAUAUGCUGGUGAUAUUGGAUGGCGACAUGCUGAAUCUCCCAUAACUGGUUUGCCGAUUAGGGAAGUGAGACCGAAGGUGACGUUAGUGGUGAGAAUGGCAGCGUCAGUGGCCAACUAUGAUUACAUUGUUGAUUGGGAGUUCCAGACUGAUGGACUUAUCCGAGCUAAGGUUGGACUAAGUGGAAUAUUGAUGGUGAAAGGCUCUCCAUAUGUGAACAUGAACCAAGUGAACCAAAACGAGUAUCUCUACGGCACCCUCUUAUCUGAAAACAUAAUUGGAGUCAUCCAUGAUCAUUACAUAACAUUCCAUCUGGACAUGGACAUCGAUGGUCCGUCGAACAAUUCUUUCGUGAAGGUGAAUCUCCAGAAGGCGAUGACUUCUCCUGGAGAAUCACCGCGAAGAAGCUACUUAAAAGCUGUUCGAAAUGUGGCUAAAACUGAAAAGGAUGCACAGAUUAAGCUCAAGCUAUAUGAUCCUUCAGAAUUCCAUGUGAUUAAUCCUAAUAAGAAGUCAAGAGUUGGGAACCCUGUUGGUUACAAAGUGGUUCCUGGUGGAACUGCAGCAAGUUUACUUGACCAUGAUGAUCCUCCACAGAAGAGAGGUGCAUUUACUAAUAACCAAAUUUGGGUCACACCUUAUAAUGAGUCUGAGCAAUGGGCUGCUGGCUUGUUCGUUUACCAAAGUCAAGGUGAUGAUACUCUUGCUGUUUGGUCUGACAGAGACAGGCCAAUUGAGAACAAAGACAUAGUGGUGUGGUAUACAUUAGGGUUCCAUCAUAUUCCAUGCCAAGAGGAUUUCCCAAUCAUGCCAACAGUAUCAUCAAGCUUUGAGAUAAAGCCAGUGAAUUUCUUUGAGAGCAAUCCUAUUUUGAGGAUUCCACCUAAUUCUCCAAAGGACCUGCCAAUUUGCAAAGCUGCUGCUUCUGCUUGAUGGAUCAAUUUCUCGUCAAAAUAGAAAGCCUCUAGACAUGGAUUUCUAUUAUCUUAGUCUUAAAUCUUAAUGAAUAAAAAGUGAAUUCUAAUCUGUGAAUAUCUACUAGUUGUGAUUUUAUUGUUGUAAUUAUUCUAAGUGAAGCCCAAGAUUGCCAAAGAAUUCAUAAUUUUAUAUAUGGAAUGUUAACCUUGGGUGACGUGAA